ACCCAUAUGGGUCAUAACGGGAUCCAGUUCCACGAUUCUGGUCCGGGUCCAUAGAUCCGUUGCCAUCCAUCUCACAGCGGGAGAGUGCAGGGCAGAAGUGAUGUAAAUAGAAAACAAACAUUGGAGACUUCCGAAAAUUAGAGUCUCCAGCGAAAGGAGAAUGCUGGUAUUGAAUACUUUGAAUUGGGUUUUCGUCCACCUUCUCUUCAUUUAUUUCUCCUCAACUUCAUUAGCUAUCAGGAGGGAUACAGGUCUUGAAUUUGAAGUUCGUGCAUGCAGGAAUACAGUUCAAGGAAGAUAUUUAUUAGCUGAUGACAGUGGAUAUAUAUGUGAUGCUCUGUCAGUGGAUCCUCAAUCACGCUGUUGUCCCAGGAAAGGAGAACACUACUCUUGUCAGGGAUGCAACCUGAUUUCUCAAUGUUGCAACUCCUACGAAUUCUGUGUUUCUUGUUGCCUGAAUCCGUUGCAGACUAAAAAAGAGUUGGCUGUGAAGGUGAAGAUAGCCAAGGCAGAAACUGCAGGUACUUACAAAUCUGUUUUUGAUUUUUGUGCUGGGAGGUGUCGUCACAAUUCUGAGAGUGUGGUUCAUGAAAAUGCUUAUCUAAGUGAGUUCCACCACUGCUUUUCUUUGACAUCAAAUUCAUCAGGAUCGUUAGAUACAUUGAUGGAAUCUAAAUUGGCUGGCAUUAGCAUUGUUGUUGGAAGGCAAGGUGAGUCAUGUAACGCUGUUUGUAAGUUGAGUGGGAAGUCAUGUGUUCCUAGCAGGCUUUUGGUGCUCAACCAAUGUGAAAUCAUUCAGAAAUACAUGAAUUGCAAAGCAGGUUGUAUAGCUAGCAUGGGAUCAGAUCAGCCAGCAGAAGUUGUUGAUGAUGCACCUAAGCAUCUGUACCCGGGAGCAUGCUUAUAUACAAAAUCACAGACGAUGUUCACCUGCGAUGGUUUGCAUCAACAUACAAGAAGGCUAUGUCCCUGUGCUUAGUAAUACUUAUCGAAGUCCGUUCUUCCAUAUUGAACUUAUUCAGGAUUUGCUUGUUUGAGGUAAAAUCUCAAGAUAGAAAAUGGACCGAAGUUUGCCAUCACUUGUGCUAAGCCGGUGUUUGUCGAGUAUACGACAAUGCAUAAUUUGAUUCAACAGCGAUGAUAUGAUAUUACAACAAUCUUGUAGAUCAAUAUGAUGGCUCUUUUCUACACCAUGUAUUGGUUUAGAAAUGUACAUCAUCUGAAUUCUUUGCCAUUCUUUUAAAAAAAAUUGACUAAAAUUUAAUUGUUUUUUUUUCCAUUUUACAUUUUAAGAUCAAAAUCAACAUUUGAGUAAUUCGACCUCUAAACGGUUCAGAUCAGAUUAACUCAAUUCAUUUGAAAAUAGUUUGAUAGGUCUUGUAUUCCAAAAUAUCUUAGAAAUAGUUAUUAUUAAUCUAACUUUGAUACUUCUCUUGGAAAAUCAAAACAUGAUUCUUUUCC